AUGUUCUCUCCACCUAUUGAUGCUCCUGAGCUGCAGCAGUCGACAUGCCAUCAUGAUGACCCUCCUGACCGAUACCACACCUGCGUCAACGCCCACCACGCAGCCUACUCCGAGAACAAUCUACCCCCUCUCCUCUUCCGCCUGGAGGUACCAUCAUUCGACGAUCUCCCUCCUCUCAAAAACCUCGUCGAGAACGGCCAAGUCGUCAAGGACCGCGACGGCCGCCCCCUCCGCGCCUUUCCCUUCCUACCAAGAUACAUCUCCAUCCGCCCUGCAGCCUGGCUCCUCGAGUACUGGAUGCGCACAGACCCACGCCUCACAUACCGCGACAUAAAGGCGCGGAUGGUCGUCCCUGCAGCGCAGCUCCCGCGAGAGAACAGCCUCAACAUGCGCCGAGAACGCCAGUGCAGGACUCCACUGGCGCUAUCCUGCUGGUCGAGUCACCGCCGCACCGUGGGCAAAGUGGAGGUCGAGCGCGUGGCGCGCUGGUCGCUGGACCAGAUCAGGUAUAACACGACCAUGGAGAUCGAGUACGCGAGGGGUCCUGGCCCUGGCGACCAGCGUACUGCCAUGCGGCUGCGCUCCAGGACCCUGGCGGGCGGCGCGCCGGCCUACCACCCUCUGGGUUUGUUUCUGGAUGGUGAGGAAGUCCACGUUCCCAGUCAGCGAAUCUGCGAGGCGUUGAGUCUCUUCUGGCAGUUGUCGGAGAGGGCUUCUCGGCUCCGGCUCGGGAGUUGGAGGCUGCUUCCGGCUGACGAGCUCCCUGAGACGUGGCGGCGUGGGACGCAGCGUGGGAAUAUGGGCGAAGAGAGGGAUGUGGAGGCGGGCUCAAGACUGUCUGAUACUGUCUAG